AUGGGACCGCCACAAAGGUCAUUCAAGAAGGGUAGUGGCUCAGGUUAUCAGAGUGGUUCAAGGUGGAACAAUAACAAUAACAAUAACAACAAUAAUAACAAUAAUAAUAAUAAUAAUAACUAUAAUAGGAAUGCAAACAAAUAUAGAGGAGCAAGAUCGGAUAAUGCAGAUGAUGAUAGUGAUGAUGAUCGUAAGGACAAGGAUCAAUUCGACUUUAGUGACGUUGGUGCAAUGGACACUGCCACUACAUCUGGAAACAACGACGACGAAGACAAGAAUGAGAGGCAGAACUUCCAUCCACUGAGAGUUGGUUGGUUGUUAAACAUGAAGCCGAGCUCAACAAAGGAUAAAGAGAAAGGAGUGGACAGAGCAAGUCUGGAGCUAUUCUUCAUUCAAGAUGAUGCUACAUCGUUCAGGGCAUGGAUAACAUACAAUCCAUACUUCUAUAUCUAUGUCAAGGACAAUCAUCACACCGAAGUCGAGACCUACCUCAAGCGAAGAUACGAGGGCAAGAUAACAACCAUCGAGACCGUUGACAAGGAAGACUUGGAUCUGGAGAACCAUCUGUCUGGCAUCAAGAGGAAGUAUUUAAAGAUCAACUUCUUCAAUGUACAGAUGCUGUUGGAGGUUAGGAGCGAUAUUAUGCCAGUGAUCAAGAGGAAUCAACUCAAGGCAUCGACUAGCGAGGCAUAUGAAGACCCAUUUGCAAAGUACUCAAUCACUUCGACAACAUCGCGCAAGACAACAAAGAUGGCCACAGAGUAUAUACUGGAUAUCAGAGAGUACGACGUGACCUACUACCAGAGAGCAGCCAUCGACUUGGACAUUAGAGUCGGUAUGUGGUAUGAGGUGAAGCGCGAGAUGCCAACGAUGCCCACAACUGUGCACCGCAUCUUGGACCGCGAGGAGCGUCCCGAUCCCAAGGUGUUUGCGUUCGAUAUUGAGACUACGCAUCUUCCUCAAAAGUUCCCCGACGCCAAUAUCGACUCGAUCAUGAUGAUAUCCUACAUGCUCGAUCGCCAGGGAUUCCUCAUUGUCAAUCGAGACAUUGUGGCGGCCGACAUCCAGGACUUUGAGUACACGCCCAAGCCCGAGUACGAGGGUCCCUUCACCGUGUUCAACGAGCCAGACGAGGCGGCACUGCUGCGUCGCUUCUUUGAGCACAUCCGAGAGCUACGUCCGCACAUAUUCGUCACGUACCACGGUGACGGUUUUGACUGGCCGUUUGUAGACGCCCGCGCCAAGCAUCACGGCUUUGACCUGUACCGCGAGAUUGGCUUCAGACUGGUCAAUGACGAUGAGUACCGUGGCCGGUCGGCCGUGCACAUGGACGCCUUCUGCUGGGUCAAGCGUGACUCGUACCUGCCACACGGCUCACAUCGUCUGAAAGAGGUCGUCAGGAAGAAGCUGCGGUACAAUCCACUGGAGCUCGACCCCGAGGAGAUGGUGCGCUCUGCACGCGAAGACCCUGAGCGCCUGGCCAACUACUCAGUGUCUGAUGCCGUGGCCACUUACUAUCUCUACAUGACCUACAUCCAUCCGUUCAUCUUCUCGCUGUGCACAAUCAUUCCGCUCAACCCCGACGAUGUGCUACGCAAGGGCUCCGGCUCGCUGUGCGAGGCCUUGCUCAUGAGCCAAGCCUACAGAGUCAACGUCAUCUUCCCAAACAAGCAUCUAGAGGACAAGCGCAAGCAUUACAAGGGUCAUCUCAUAGAGUCAGAGACAUACGUUGGUGGACACGUCGAGUGUCUCGAGUCUGGCGUGUUCCGCCAUGACAUCCCCACGCACUUUGAUCUCAAUAAGGAGGCGCUGCAAACACACAUUGACAACGUGGACACGAUCAUUCUGCAGGCUAUGAGCGAGUGUGGAUACUCAACAUCGGACGAGGCCUCGGCCGUGGCCAACUACCAGGAGAUCAAGGACGACAUUAUUAGACGAUUGAGUUCGCUAAGGGAUCAGCCCAAGCAACAGAGCAAGCCACUCAUCUACCAUUUGGAUGUCAGUGCGAUGUAUCCCAACAUUAUCUUGACCAACCGUUUGCAGCCAACCUCCAUCGUCAACGAGGAGAUCUGUGCCACCUGUACAUUCAACAAGCCCGAGAACAAGUGUCAGAGGACACUCAACUGGGAGUGGAGAGGUGACUACUCGCCAUCCAACUACUCAGAGUAUCGACUCAUUCUUCAACAACUAGAGUCUGAGAGAUUUGGACCUGAACAAACGUCCUUUACGGAGUUGCCAGAGGAAGAGCAGAAUGAGCAUUUGAGGAAGAGACUCAAGGACUACUCAAAGAAGGUCUACAAGAAGACUCAUAUUGUAUCCAAUGAGAUCAAGUCGGAUACAGUGUGCAUGAGAGAGAACUCAUUCUAUGUGGACACGGUCAAACAGUUCCGUGACAGAAGAUACGUGUACAAGGACUUGCACAGUCAGUGGAAGGGCCACUACGAUCAGGCCCAGAAAGGCCAGGGUCAGUACGACUCGACCAAAUGCCAGAACAUGGUGAUCAUGUACGAGUCGAUGCAGUUGGCACACAAGUGUAUUCUCAACUCCUUCUACGGAUAUGUGAUGCGCAAGGGCUCUCGAUGGUACUCCAUGCAGAUGGCCGGUAUCGUCACCCACACUGGCAGCAACAUCAUCAAGAAUGCCCGAGAGUCUGUCGAGCAGCUCGGUCGUCCGCUGGAGCUGGACACUGAUGGUAUCUGGUGUAUCCUGCCCGACAAGUUCCCCGAGGAGUACGCGCUAAAGAGCGCCGCCACGGGCAAAACGAGGAAGUUCAACUUCCUCAACGCGCUGCUCAACUCCAAGGUGAAGGCGUCGUUUGCCAAUCAUCAGUACCAAGAAUAUGAUGCCGAGCGCGGCGUGUACGUCACACGCGAGGAGUGCUCUAUCCAGUUCGAGUCGGACGGUCCCUACGGCUGCAUGUUCAUCCCAACGGGCAAAGAGAAGGACGUCAAGCUCAAGAAGCGUUACGCCGUGUUUAACAAGCAGGGCGGCGUUCAGGAGCUCAAGGGCUUUGAGAUCAAGCGUCGUGGUGAGCUGGAGCUGAUCAAGUCCUUCCAGACUGAGCUUUUCCAGAACUUUAACGAGGGUUCCACCAUGGAGGAGUGCUACCACGCCAUUGCAUCUGUGGCCAAUCAUUGGUUGGACGUGCUGGACUCGCACGCAGAGGGCUACGAGGACCGCGAGUUGAUCAGACUGAUCACCGAGUCGAGCAAGAUGAGCAAACGUCUCAGUGAGUACGAUAAACAAAAGAGCACGGCCAUUGGAACGGCCUUGAAGCUGGCCGAGUUCCUGGGCGCCGACAUUGUCAAGGAGGCCGGUCUGCAGUGCCAGUACAUCAUUGCCAACAAGCCCGCAGGCGCGCCAGUCACCGAGCGUACCAUCCCCACAGAGAUCUUUGCCGCCGACGAGGACGUACGAAUCAUGUUCCUCCGAAAGUGGACCAAGGGCAAGGAGGCCACUCUGCGUGACAUUAUCGACUGGGACUACUACCGCCAACGUCUGUCUGGUGUGAUCCAGAAGAUGAUCACGCUGCCCGCCGCACUCCAGAACAUCAGCAACCCCGUGCCACGAGUGCCACAUCCACAGUGGAUCAUCAAGGAGUUGAACAAACAGAACGAGACCAAGCAGCAGUCACACAUCACCACCUUCUUUGACAAGCUCAACAACAAGGCCGACGACGGUGGUGCAGGCAGUCGCGACAUUGAGGACCUCUUUGAGAGCCGCUUCCAGGCCAAGUCCAAUGGCGUGCCUAUGUUCACCAAGCACAAGAGACUCGCCGAUGGAUCCGGAUCAGGCGGCAAAGACUCCAAGAAGAAGAGAUCGUCAACGAGGAAUGGCCAGGAGGAGAAGUUGGUCGGCGAGUGUCCAGCCUAUGAUGACGACCCUGAGCUCUGGCUCAAGCAUCACAAGGUGAUAUGGAGGACACUUCGGGCCAAGCUAAAGGCAAAGAGGGCAGGACAGGACAAUGAUGACCGCCACCAUCACCCCACAAGCAAGGCCGCACAGCCAUCCGCCGGCAUGCCCGGUUUCAAUGGAUUCUUCUCGUCGCAGAGCGAGUCGAUCAAGAAGGGACUGUGGCACAUUAUAUCGAUCGAUCAGACCAAUGUGCCCGGCUACUAUACAUUCUGGUCGUUGAUUGGCGAUCAGAUCAUCCCGAUCAAGGUGGAGAUACAACGCAAGUUCCUUCUCAACAGCUUCCAGCGAGACCCUUAUGGCAGCGGCCAGAUGGAGCUCUCGCUCGGCACGCUACCACGCUCCAAGCCCAGACUAUUCCUCUCGAGCCACACAAUGCCCGAGCAAGACUACAUCAAGAACGCCAAGGAGCUGAGCACGCUCUUCACACAGCCACAGAUCGAGGGUGUCUACGAGACACACGUUCCACUGGACAUCUCGGCCAUCAUACAGGUGGGUGCCAUGGCCAGUCUGAAGAGGUCAGCCAAGCAGACCAAGAGUGGUCGAUACCUCCUCGAGGACAUCCAACCCUACGGCUCAGACAGGUCUACCAGCUAUCUGGCCGAGGCCAACUUCCACCAGAUCUAUCUGUACCACAACAGCAAGGAUGGCAGAGAUGGUGUGUUUGCCCUGAUCAGAACACGCGACAACACUGGCACCAUCAUCCUGGCCAACCCCUACCAGCAACAGAGCAGCACAUCGUCCACAGCACAGCGUCUAUUGGCGCCACUCAAGGAGAAGUAUCCUGACAUCACGUUCCAUCUUGAGAUCGAGCCAUCAAUGGAGAAGGCCAGGCGACAGGUGAACCAUCUGCUGCAAGAGUAUCAAUCAUCGUUGAGCCGCGCCACCUCCAUCUUGCUCACACAGGUGGUCAACAUUGGCGAUCUGAUGCACGACAUACCAAUGCUGCGCGAGUUUGCCAAGUUCCAGAUGGUGUCCCACGAGCUGGACGCACAGUACUCCCCAUUCAACUGGGAGGUACAUUGUCUCAAGCCACUGAUCACACGAUACGCCGAGGUGGCCUCCUACUGGAAGUACUUUAUGGGUCUGGCUCGCUACUCUAACAUCCCCAUCGGCAACCUCAACGGUGACUACGCCUCAUUGGUGUCGGACAUUUCAUACUCUAGAGUGCUGCGAGAGAAGAACCAUCUGCUCUGGAUGUCACCCUCCAACUGCCCCGACCUGGGUGGCUCUGAGGAAGACGACGCCAAGUUCCACGAGGAGCUCGGCAAGAUGGAGAUCAACCAACCCGACUGCUACAACACCGUGUGCUUUGAGCUGGAUAUUGCGGGCCUCGCCGUGAACACCAUCCUCGAGUCUGCGCAUCUGGCCAACAUUGAAGGAAUCAUUGGCGGCGAGCUCAACAGCGGCGACGCCACGCUCAACUUUGAAACGCCCGGCGCACAGACAUCAACGACAUCAUCGGCAUCUGGCGUCACAACAUCGUCUGAUGCGGCCGUUCGAACGGCAAUGGAGCACUUGGCCUCAUGUGACAAGGAGUUUGCCUUGCUGCGCAAGAUUGUGUCGCGCUGGUCGCUCGACCUUGUGAUGGGCAACCGGAAGAACAAUCAAUCGCCAGACUUGCUCCUGACACACUUUUACCGAUGGAUCUCAUCGCCCUACAGUGGCAUGUACGACCCACUGCUACAUCGCACACUGCACGGACUGAUGCGCAAGGUGUUCCUGCAGCUGGUGUUUGAGUUUAGGAAGCUAGGCUCCAAGAUCAUCUAUGGCAGCUUCAACAAGAUCAUCGUAUGCUCGCAAAAGACAUCAAUCGACGACGCCAGACAGUACUGCAACUACGUGAUCUCGGUCAUCAAGAAGAAGGAGCUGUUCUCGUGGCUCACCAUCAAGCCCAGUCGCUUCUGGCACAACCUGCUCUGGAUGGACAUCUCCAACUAUGGAGGAAUAUGCCAUCAGCUCACUGGAGGCAACGCGAACCAACAGCAGCAGUCCAGCUCCACCUCUCCAGAUGUGAACAACGCAAUCGAUGGCACACUGGUUUCACAUUGGAACAUCUCCAAGUUCCUCCCACAGUCAAUUCAGAGCUCAUUCAUAUUGGUCAUCACUGACUUUAUCCACAAGCUCUACCUUCACAAAGAGAGGAACAGGAUACAGGACGUGAUGAAUGGUGGCAGUGGUGAUGUGGUCGACAGCACCAACAGCAAUGUAGACGACAACAACGACAAGUCCAAGAAAGGUGACAAGAGUAUAGACCUAACAGUCAGCAGCAAUUGGACUGAGGAGGAGGACAAGCCUCAAUCACACAAGUGGUCACAAGUGGUGGACAGCAAUCGUAUCGUACAGAUACUUCAAGGCCUGAAGUACUCUGAGCUGAAGGAUGAGUUCCCUCAGCUGCCUGGCAGCCAUCUCACAUUCACCAAUCCUGCACUGGAGUUUGUAAAGUCAGUGUGUCACGUGCUGUCAUUGGACAAGUCGAUGCAGGACCAGGUGCACCGUCUGCGAAAGAACCUCAUGAAGAUCAUCAACGUGCGAGAGUUCUCUGAGGAGGCUCGCUUCAAGGAUCCAUGUCUUUCCUAUGUGCUGCCGGACCUCAUCUGCUCGCAUUGCUACCUGUGUCGUGACUACGACCUCCUCAAGGAAGAGACCCAAGACUCUAAGAUCCUUUGCGAGAAGUGUGGCAAUCAAUACAACAAGACAUUGAUCGAGCUGACUCUGGUGGAGACCAUCCAAAGACGAUCGAUAGCCUACCACAUGCAAGACCUAAAGUGUGGCAAGUGUGGACAGAUCAAGACAGAUAAUCUCAGCGAGACAUGUCCAACAUGUUCAGGACAAUACCAAUGCCGUGAGGAGUCAGAUCUAAAGGUAUUCGCCAGCAUAGCCAAGUACUACAAAUUUGAAUGGUUGCAAGAGUUUGUAGCAUCACUCUCCAAAUAA